AUGAGAAUAACUGUUGUUGGCUAUGGCUUAGUGUGGCAUAAUGAGAGGAGUGCAAGUGUAGCAGCCGGCAUGGCGGGCAUGCCGACACUUGGCAACAGCGUGGGCGCGGGCGAGCUGCGCGACCACAGUCGAGACGCGAGCAACAGGUCGUCUAGCAGCGGAUCUCGGCGCGGCUCCUCUCCGCACCACACACAGGAGCAUGACCCCGAGGGUCAGAAGGCGGAGCUGGCCGGUUCGCAGUCGCGAUCACGGCCUCACAAUUACGAUGGCUACCAUGAGAGCAAACUGCCCACAAUGGCAACAUUAUCAGGCGGCACAGUAGUGACGCACACGGCGCCGUCAUACGAGGAGCAGCGUGCGAGUCCAGCGCUGCUUCACCGCGGCGCGUGCGCAACCGGCACGCCCGGCGGCCGCAGCGUGCGCGACGACGGCUACUGCUCCGCCGGGAGCACGCCGGCUCUAGACCACAAAUCAACGAAAGGCUCCGUGGUUACGUUGUCGUGUUAUAAAAAGGAGCCGAAGAUUCAAAUAGAGGAAGAAGUUUUCUACGCGGAAUCGAAACGGAUCAGAGCGAAUAGUAUUAAGGCAAAUACCGAGCCCAACGAUGGUAGAGAGACGUGGGGUACAGGCGCAGACUUCCUACUGUCCAUCAUCGGGUUCGCGGUGGAUCUGGCCAACGUGUGGCGCUUCCCUUACCUCUGCUACAGGAAUGGAGGCGGGGCGUUCCUGAUACCAUACACGUUGAUGUUGGUAUUCGGCGCUGUUCCUCUGUUCUACAUGGAGUUGAUCCUGGGCCAGUACAACCGGCAAGGACCCAUCACGCUGUGGAAGAUCUGCCCGCUUUUUAAAGGCGUCGGUUUCUGCGCGGUCAUGGUCGCGUUCUACGUGUCAUUCUACUACAACGUGAUCAUAGGCUGGGCGUUCUACUUCCUGGUAUCAUCAGCGCGGUCAGAGCUGCCGUGGCUGCACUGCGACAACUCAUGGAAUACUGAACAGUGCUGGGACUCCGCACGGAUUAAUGGCACCAACCGGACAGACCUCAAGUAUCAAGGACCGCUGUCGCACUUCACGCCCGCUUCCGAGUUUUUUCACCGAGCGGUACUGGAGAUGCAGUACUCUGAAGGCCUCAACGACCUGGGCCUCCCCAAGUGGCAACUGGCUGUCUGCCUAGGACUGGUCUACGUCACCCUCUAUCUGUCACUCUUCAAAGGAGUCAAGAGUUCCGGUAAAGUGGUGUGGAUGACGGCGACGAUGCCAUAUGUGGUGCUGUCCAUAUUGCUGGCGCGGGGGCUGCUGCUGCCCGGCGCCACCAGGGGGAUCGCCUACUACCUGCAGCCGGAGCUCACCAGGCUGAAGGAUACACAGGUUUGGGUGGACGCUGCGGUUCAAAUAUUCUAUUCAGUCGGCGCCGGAUUCGGAGUCCAUCUAUCCUACGCCAGCUAUAACACUUUCCACAAUAAUUGCUAUAGGGACUGCUUGGUGACGACGUUGGUCAAUUGCUUCACUUCAUUCUUCUCUGGGUUCGUCAUCUUCACGUAUCUCGGCUUCAUGUCGCACAAGCAAGGGGUGCCCAUAUCUUCCGUGGCCACUGAAGGUCCAGGGCUAGUGUUCCAAGUCUAUCCAGAGGCGGUGGCCACUCUGCCGGGGGCUAGCCUGUGGGCGAUGCUGUUCUUCUUCAUGCUCAUCAUGCUUGGAUUGGAUUCUGGGAUGGGCGGCUUGGAGUGCGUGAUCACGGGUCUCCUGGACCAGGCUCGCUCGCAAGGCGCGCACUGGCUGCGUCGCGAACACUUCACGCUUUUCGUCGUCUGCAUCAGCUUCUGUGUGGCAUGCAUCAACAUCACUCCAGGAGGUAUCUACAUGUUUCAUUUGCUGGACACCUAUGCAGCUGGUAUAUCCCUGUUGUGCUCGGCUCUAUUCGAAGCCGUGGCUGUGUCUUGGUUUUACGGUUUAGAACGGUUUUCGGACGACGUGGAAGAAAUGCUGGGUUUCCGACCAGGACUCUACUGGAGGAUAUGCUGGAAAUUCGUCAGUCCAACUUUCAUCAUUGGCGUGGUAGUGUUCGGCCUGUUGUACCAGCAGCCGCUGCAGUACCAGCACUACACGUACCCGCAGUGGGCCGUGGUGCUGGGCUGGGGGCUCGCCUGCUCCUCCAUACUCAUGAUCCCCCUCGUCGCCCUCUACAAGCUGCUCACGACGCCUGGCAACUGUCGGACGAGGCUGGCCUGCUGCAUAUCCCCGGAGUCGGAACACGAGGCCAUCCGGGGCGGAGCUCCCGUCAGUCGGUUCACAUGGCGACACUGGCUUUACGUUUAAACAGAACUCAGG